GGAUCUGAUAAAAUUCGGCGUUAGGCCAAUCGCAUCCGCAGCUCACCAUCCCUUACCGUCAAACAACGAAGUGGUUGUCAGGAUGGUGCCAGGACUGCCGGAAUGCAAUUUGUGGACUGAUCACUUCCGGACAUGCCGUUACCGAUACCGGUGCAGGGCGGUCUGAGCGGGGCUGCGCGAUAAAACGCCGAAGAAAUCCGGCUCUUAAUCUUAUCAAUCGGUAAUCAGAUCAUCAGUCUUCCUUUUCCUCCAUCCCACCUUUCUACUUCUCAGACCUGUUAUCAGAUUGAUUUUCCUUACAAUGAGGAUGCCAAACCUUACCGAUGCUAUCGGUGGCAUGUCGCUGUCGUCACCGCACCGCGUUCUUGUUGUCGGCUGUGCAUACGGAGGCAUCGCUGCGAUUGUCAACCUCCUCGAGUUGAAUGACGGCAAGGCGAGACAGCCCAUCUAUCCAGGACCAGAUUUCAAUGGAGCAAAGAGCAGGCGAGGCAUCGAAGUCACCGUGAUUGACGAGCGCGAUGGAUACUUCCACUCGGUGGGAGCUCCGCUGGCACACGUAGCGCCAAAAUACACAAGUCACAUGUGGAAACGCUUCUCGCAUCUGAACGAGCUGAAGCAGCCAAAUUUGACAUUUAAGCAUGGCUCAGUCAGAAGAAUUGACCCAGACGCCAAAGUUGCCGAAUGGGCUGAUCGCAGCGGCAAGACCCAGCAGCACGCGUAUGACUAUCUGGUUGUAGCUACAGGUCUCAAGAGGCAUUGGCCCGCCGUGCCAAAGUCUGGUAGCUACGAGGAGUAUCUAAAGGACGGGAAGGCCUUCAUUGAGAAGAUCACUGGCAGCGAUGAAUCGAAUCAUGAAGGGCGACGGGUGGUCAUCAUUGGCGCUGGCGCCGUAGGAAUCGAGUUUGCUGGCGAGAUCAAGACCUACUACCCGAAGAUCGGUGUUACACUGGUACAUUCUCGCGACCAGGUUUUAUCGUCGGAACCACUACCCUCAGAACUCAAGGACCGUGUGGGUACCAUGCUCAAGGAAGAGGGUGUUGAGGUUGUCCUCGGCAACAGAGCGAAUAUCGAGGAGCUGGCCAAUGGUAAAUUCGAGGUUACACUGGCAAAUGGCGAGAAAAUCACAGCGGACUUCGUCAUCGAUUCAACAAGAAAGGGCACGCCUACCACAGACAUUUUGCCAGCAGCCUGUUUGAACGAAGACAAGGAGGUGAAGGUUGACAACAGCCUCAUGUUCAAGGACACGAUCGCCAACCACAAAUACCACUUCGGUGUUGGCGACGUGAUUCAAUGGACCGGCAUCAAACGCGCUGGAAGCGCAACGGUCAUGGGCCAAGCUGCAGCCAUGAACAUUUAUUCUUCAAUUUUGAACUCCGAGUUGCCAGAGUCAGCACCAGAAGCUGACCGCUACGGCAAGACUGAGCUCCCUUCUUGGGAUGCUGUCAUUGGCAUCGCAGUCGGCAAGCAGUGUCUGACCUAUGAUCCGAAGAACGGCAUCAAGUAUGGCCCCGAGGUAUUACAGUCCUACUUCGGGGAGGACCUGGGCUGGAGUGCAAGUCUCAAAUACAUGGGUUUGACAGACACCAUCGAUCCCGUCGAGCUCGAGAUCAAAGAGCCUGAGGCAACAAAGCUUACAGAGGUUGGAAUUAAUCCCGUCAGCAUCACAGCAUAGGCUAUCGUUGCGCCGCGCUUGGCUUGUUCAUCUUCACUACUGAUCAACUUUUAGCUAGCCCUUGGUAAUCCCAAAGCAAAUGUGCAUACAUGUUCCAAGCCUCGUUCCAAGACAGACAUCAAAAGACAAUCUUCACAACCCUCUACGAAAAAAAAUAGGAAGCAGCA